AUGUCUGUCAAAGUUGCUGUUAGAGUCAGACCAUUUAACAAAUUUGAAAUUGAGUAAAAUCUGCCAUUGUGUAUUUCUAUGAAAGGAGACAAGACUAUCCUUUUUGGUAAUGAUUACUCUUCAUUCGAGAUUCCACCCACAAAAAAGAAUUUGAAUUUGAUUAUUCCUUUUGGUCUCAUGAUGAAUUUGAAGUUGAUGAGAAAGGUUAUCGCAGGCCUCUUCCAAACUCAAGAUAUGCUGAUUAAAAAAUGAUAUUCAAUACUAUUCAUUAAGAUACAAUAGCUCAACUUUUUUAAGGUUAGAAUUGUUGCAUCUUAUCUUUUGGAUAAAAGCUAGUAUAUAUACAUAUUAAUUUAAAAAGUCUGGAAGGUCUUAUACUUUAUUAGGAACUGCUGAAAAUUAAGGAUUGGUUUAAAAUUUUGUAAAAGAAAUUUUUCAACAAAUAGCCGAAAAAUAAAAUAUCACCACGAGUAAUGACUACCUUAUUAUUAUUGAAUAGAGUAUGAGGUUUACACUAGUAUGCUCUUUACCUUCAAUGAAAUAAUUUAUGACUAACUCUCUCCAACGGAUGGCAGGGACCUAAAAAUUAAAGAAAAUGCACUUUAAGGUGUUUUCGUUGAGAACUUAACUAAAGAAUUGGUUGAUUCACCUGAAAGUUUUGAUGAACUUAUGAAAAAAGGAAUUCUUAAAUUAUAGAAAUGUUAAACUCUGAUGAGUGUUCUGUAAACAUCUUAUAUGUUAAUUUGUAGUGUUUCAUACGCAAAUAUAAUCAUCCAAUUAGAAAUUAAAGAAACCAUUACUUUGGAUGAUUAAAAAUUAGAGAAUCUCAAACUCAUAAACUUUGUAGAUCUUGUCUGUUCAGAUAGAAUUGAGAAGUUAAAAGAUUCUAAGUAUUAAUACUUAGGUAUUUAAAUUAUUCUUUACUUAGAUGCAAAAAUCGCUAGACCGUUAUCAACUCUGUUAGAGGUCAUUUGUAAAGUAUUAUUACUAUCCCAAUAAUAAGAUAAAAAGAUUAUAGUCCCUUACAGGGACUCUAAAUUAACCAGAAUUUUACAAAAAACAUUAAAUUAAAAAUCUAAUAUCUUUCUAUAUUUAUCGAUUAGUCCAGCCAUUAAUAACUUUCAACAAUCAUUGUCUACCCUUAAGUUUGCAAAUAAAAUUAUGAAGAUUAAGAAUGAUAUUAUCAGUAAUAUUAAGGCAUCUGAGAACCAACAAAUUUUAGAUUUAAGUGAAGCUUAAAUUUAAACAUAAUCUUAAAUUAUUUAAAGCAGUAUCAAAUAAGAGUUCGAAAAUAAAUAAGAGUAAGAGUUAAAUAGAAAUACAUAAUAUAUUUAAUAAUUUGAUAAAUCAGAGAAAAUAUAAAGUGAUACCAAUAUUAGGUGCUAAGCUAUUAUAUCAACCAAGGAUGGAAUUAUUGAAUUGUAGCCACUUUCUUAGGAAUCCUGUGGCUAAAUUUUUAUAAAUAAUCAUCAAGUAAAAGAAUUGACAAAAUUAUAUCAUGGUGAUAGGGUAAGCUUUGGAAAUACAACAUCUUUGUUAAUAUAGUAUAAUGGAAUAGAGAAACCUAAAAUUGAAUCAAAUUUAACUUUGAUACAAAAAGAUACAUUAGAUGAAUCUGAAAAUAAUCAAAUAAUUGAAGAACAAAACAAAAGUUUAAAGUUUGACUAAGACUGA